AUGCCUCCCAAACGACCCCCUCCUUUGCCCAAGACGCUGUUCGAGGCGAAUGGCCCUCUUGCGCCUGGCUCCGCCAAGCCGCCUCCGUCUCCCAACAACGUGCACCCGGCGUAUCUGAUCGAUGCCCACUCGCACUCCUUUGUCAGCGGCUCCUCGCAGGAGAUGUACGGCCUGCUCUCGCCCGGUAUGCCCCGACCGCCCAUCAAGACUGCGGUGCAUGUCGUUCUUGACUCGGACGACCAGUCUCCUCCAAGCUCUUCCGCCUCGCCAAAGCCGAUGUCUAUCCACCCGACUAUCCUCAACCUGUCGAGCCCCGCUCCGCCGAGCAUGACCAAUAUUGUUCACUCGGCUAUCGACCUGGUCGUUCCCUCGACGGUGCCCCUUACGGAGAAGGAAUGGGAUCUGCUAGAUGAGGCGGUGCUUGCGCUCGAAGGGAGCUUGGGGACUGCCGGGCUUGCCACUGGGCUGGAGAAGGCGGAAGUCAGUGAUAAGGAGGCCGACACGAAGGCAAAAGAAGGAGAUGGGCACGGGAAGAUUGUGAUCUCCGGUCUGCUCCCCCCUCCUCUGACUACCGACUCUGACACGCUCGCCAAGGACCCAGAGUACGACACGUACAUCGGCAGACUGAACCAGCUGUCCCUCCAUUCCAGCGUGUACCUCAAGGCGCUCCCGCCGGUGAUUCGUGAUGGACAGUCAGGCGAGUGGGUGUCGGACCGUAAAGAGCUCGAAAGGGUACUGAGGAUGUACUUGUCGCCCGCCAUCGAAUCGUUCGGUACCCAUCGUAUCAUCUUUGGCACCGCGCCCGCUACAGCCCCCACAUCGUCUGGCGCCUCCUCGUGCCCGAUUAGCGAGACGGAAUGGUACGCUGUCCUCCGAAAGGCAGUGACGGAGCUCGGCGAGGGGGCCGAGGCGGUUGAUGGGAUCUUUGGCGCCACGGCGGCCAAGGUGUAUGACUUGGAGACUUAA